AUGUCCGAGGAGAGACAACAAUUACUAGAGCAAAAGCGGAAGAGGUUACAGGAAUUGAAACAGAGAAGGAAUGCUCAGACAUUUACUCAAGUUUUCGAAAAACCAGAAGGAAGGCACUUUGGUGUGAGUGUGGGAACGCAGACCACAAAUGAGCACCAGAGUAACUCAGAGCGUGUUAUACCCGUGGCACCCACUUCACUGGAGUCCCAGUCACGGCGAGUUGAUCCGCAGGUGACAAAGUUUGAUGUUGGGAUACAGGUUGCAAGUUCUGCCGAUGCGGAAGUGGAUGAGUCUAAUGAUGAGAAAAAGACACGGUUGGUGGUCUUAUCUCCACCAAUCUCGAAGAAAGAAAUCUCUACCCAUGAGCUAAACGAUGCAUUACUAAAAUCAAUCAAACUCAUAAACCAGUUACAAAUACAUCACUUGGUUGAUCUCAAUGAGGAAAAGGUUGAAUCUAGACCUAACACGUCCUUUGUCGUUGAGUCUCAUUUGUUCAAACUCGAUAGGCGAAUUACAGAUGUUGAUGUGUCGUCGCAUAAAAAGGACCAAUUUGUUGUCAGUUUUGCAAAAUCUUCCACGGAAAACUAUGAUGCGAUAGUCUUUGAUCAAGUACGAGGGAAAUUGGUUCCAAUCAAUUAUCUAACUUGCAUCCCAGCUGUUUCAAAAAUAGGCUUUGAUGUCAAUAGUCCCAACCGUGUCAUUGGAAGUUCAAGUAACGGUGGUUUGUGUAUUUGGGAGACUCAUACUACUUCCUUGAUGCAUUCGCCAACAUUGUCAACACCCUCAACGUUUUUAAUUGCCAAAAGAGACUGGAUACCUCAUUUGGAUGCAUUGGUGUUGUUACAGCCACUAAAGCUUGACACUAAUGAAUGUAUUUUGACGAUGUCAAAAGAAGGUGUAUUGAAUAUAUGGUCUUCCAAUGUGUUGAGUCGUCCAAAGUAUUCAAUCAAGUUGUGUGAUGACGAAUCGAAAAAAGUUCGGAUAUCAAAAGCAUUGUAUCUUGGCAGUGAAGCUUUGAUUGGAGAAAUCAAUCAAAGUGCGUUGAAAAUGGUUCUUGCUGGAUUUGAUGGGAAAUUGUAUAAUGAAUCAUGGAGCUUGAUUCAUGAAGAUGAGCAUGAACUGGUGAUUAAUUCUCUAGAGACUGUUGGUAAAAACUUGGUUAUAACUGCCCAUUCAGAUUGGAAUUUGCGGUUGUGGAAGGAGGAGCAAGUGGCGCCAUUCAAGGUUAUAUCUACGGCAUACGUUGUCAACUACAUUGUCAAAAGACCACAUAUGGAUUAUCAAUUCAUAACGGUCGGAACAUUUAAGCAGAAAUUUCAUGUGGAUUUUUGGGAUCUCUCAAAAAAAGUGUAUGCACCGUUAUUGAAAAUAGUGGAGGAAGUGGAGCCCGUACUUGGUGUCAAGUUUACUGGGAGAAACGGCAUUUUGAUUGUCAAAAAGAUGCUGCUUUCACUCCAUCUAACUAAUGAAGACUACAAUUGGCAACUUUCGAAAAACAGUUUUGAUAAAGGUCUAUAA